AAGGGGCAAGCGGAAAGCCAGCGCCGCCCACCCCCGGCAGCUCCCCGCGCCCCGUCCCGCAGCAUCCCCGCCGCGAUGCUGCUGCGGCUCCUGGUGCUGCUGGGUGCCUGCCCGGGGCUGUCGCGGUGCCUGGGCUCCUUCGUGCAGUGCGAGCCCUGCGAUGCCAAGGCGCUGUCGCUCUGCCCGCCGCCGCCGCUGGGCUGCGAGCUGGUGAAGGAGCCGGGCUGCGGCUGCUGCCUCACCUGCGCCCUGCCCGCCGGGCAGCCCUGCGGCGUCUACACCGAGCGCUGCGCCCGCGGGCUGCGCUGCCUCCCGCGCCAGGGCGAGGAGAAGCCGCUGCACGCCCUCCUCCACGGCACCGCCGUCUGCCUCAGCGAGAAGAGCUACCGCGAGCAAGCCAAGGCUGAACGAGAGUCCCGAGAGCAUGAGGAGCCGACCACAUCGGAGAUGACAGAGGAGACUUACCCGCCCAAGGCCUACCGGCCCAAGCACGGGCGCCUCUCUGAGCUCAAGGCUGAAGCCCUGAAGAAGGACCGCCGGAAGAAGCUGACACUGGCCAAGUUUGUGGGCAUGGCCGAGAACACGGCGCACCCACGUGUCGUCAUCCCUGAGCUCCGGCAAGAGUUUGAGCUGGGCCCCUGCCGCAGGCACAUGGAGGCAUCUCUGCAGGAGCUAAAGAGCAGCCAGCGGAUGGUCCCCCGCGCUGUCCACCUCCCCAACUGCGACCGCAAGGGCUUCUACAAGAGGAAGCAGUGCAAGCCCUCCCGAGGCCGGAAGCGCGGGUUGUGUUGGUGUGUGGACAAAUACGGCAUGAAGCUGCCGGGGACUGACUACCUGAGCGGAGACCUUCAGUGCCACGCCUUCGACAGCAGCAAUGUGGAGUGAAGUCGCAUCCCCUCCCUCCACCCCAUCACUACCUACCCAGGCUCCCUUCCACCCUCCCCUCCGCACCUCCCCACUCCCCAGGACUCCGAUUCCUUUCAUCUCAUGUAAGAAGAAAAAAAGAAAGGAAAAGAAAAAAGAGAAAGGAAAAUGAAAAAAAGAGAAAGGGACAGAAA